ACGUCGGACCCACUCGAACUAGUGGUAACAUAGAUUACUAUGAACGAGUAGAGGUUCCAGAUAACUUAACAAAACCGGCAACUGAACCAACCAUUACAACACGUCCGGGACUCUAUCCCAAUCCAAGAGAUGAUGAAGUACCCAUGCAAAUGAAGGGUGCAUAUUGGGUCCGUAAACAAGAACAGUAUCUCCCUGGCAACAAUGAUGACAAAACUGAAGGGCUGUCAUUGGAAGAGUGCCUCGAGAGAUGUAUUAACAUGGCUGCCUUCGAGUGCAAAUCUGCAGAAUAUGUUCAAAGCAAGCAGAUGUGCAUCAUAAGCAGGAGUAAUAGAGAUGACGUCGGGUCUACCCGAGCCAGUAGAAACAUGGAUUACUAUGAAAGAGUCGAGUUCUCAGAUUCUCCUGGGGUCACAUCAACACCAACAACAAGACCUAGCAC